UGGAGAGGGGUGUGCAAGGCGCCAGCUUUUGCUUUGUCUUCAGCCAGCCUCAUGCUCCCUCAUCACAGGGACCAACCUUAUUCUAUUUUAUUCUCCCUUGAAUUUGACAGGUUGAAACAUUCUGCCACAUGCUGUCUGGAGAGUGGCCACAUGGGGGAAACACCCAGGUGCAGCAUAAAGCCAGCCGAGGCAGCUGCCAAGAGACCGCCGUCUGCCAUGAAGGGGAGCAGCACCCUCCUGCUGGUAGCCCUCGUCCUGCUCUGUUCCUGGGGGCUGGCCACCGGGGAGGACAGCAGUGAGUUUUUCAUGGACUUCCUGCAAACGCUGCUGGUGGGGUCCCCCGAGGAGCUCUACGAGGGGCCCCUGAGCAAGUACAACGUCAAUGCGGAUGCCAAGGCCGCCCUGACUGAGCUCAAGUCCUGCAUAGACAACCUCCAGCCCAUGCACAAAGCGGAGCUGGUCAAGCUGCUGGUGCAAGUGCUGGGCAGCGAAGAUGAGGCCUAGCAGAGCCCAGUCACAGCCCCAAGCAGCCACAGAACCAGCUACACAAACAGCCAAGGCCACGUCGUCCCACUACCCCAUGUGUGAAUUUACCUUAAUACUGUUCAAUCAAUAAAGCGUCCUGCAGCUCCGCGCCGGGCUCCUGUGUCUCCCCACACUCAGAAACACAACUACACGCACACGGGAAUUCACACACACAGGGUUGCACCCACAGAGC